CCCACGGACAAGUCUGUUAGUCCAGUAUUGUCGUUCAGCAGCCCUGCCCCAUGCUCGAUAGAGAAGGGAGACUCAGCCCCCUUGCCCGGUGCUGGUGUGCGAAGGCGGCUUGCUUUAGUCCCGAAGUCUGGCUGUUUUGCGCCCGCCUUUGCUGGCGGCGAGGAGGAGGCUGCACUGGGUACCACGCGCGCCGGGGAGCCGAGGGUGGGCGAUGCUCGAGGCGUUGCAGAGCCAGUGCGUCAGAGGGGAGGGAGCCGGAGCCGGAGCGGGGGGGCGGCAGCAGGGAUGAGCUGCUCAGGCGCCGGGCAGCGGCUGUGAGGGAGGCAGAAGGUGAGACACGGGACGCUGCUGGUGAAGCCGGGCGCUGCAGCCUCCAUUCAUUCACCGACCCACACGCCCCGUCGCCGCCCUCCCAGCGGCAAAGGGCCGGCCGAGCUGCUGAACUGCCCUAGAAGACAGCAAAAAAUCCAUUAGAUCCUUCUCCAUUUUUUCAGGGGGAUGGCAUUCCCUGUGGACAUGUUGGAUAAUUACAGUCAUGAAGACUUGGAGAGUUCUGCAGAAGACUACAUGUCUGAUCUUCGAUGUGGGGAUCCAGAGAAUCCAGAGUUCUUGUCUGUUGUCAGCAACAUCAAAAUUCCUAUUAGCUUGUCAACUAUAGGCUUCGUUCCUCUUUACGGUGGAGAUCAGACACACAAAGUUCUUGCUUUAUUUGCACCUGAGGACUCGCUCACAGCUGUAGCCUUGUAUCUUGCUGACCAAUGGUGGGCCAUCAAUGAUAUUGUGAGAACAUCUAUCCCUUCUAGAGAAGGGCUUCAGCAGGUGAAGACUCUUGGAGAGAGGGUGGUUCUGUAUGUUCUGAAUCGAAUUAUUUAUCGCAAACAAGAAAUAGAGCGAAAUGAGAUCCCCUUCCUCUGUCACAGCAGCAAUGACUAUGCUAAGAUUCUGUGGAAAAAAGGAGAAGCCAUUGGGUUCUAUUCUGUUAAACCUGCAGGAAGCGUAUGUAGCUCCUAUCUUACCCAAAGCUAUCAGCUUCCAGUGCUGGACACAAUGUUUGUGAGAAAGAGACAUCGUGGGAAAGAUUUUGGGUUAAUGAUGUUGGAGGAUUUUGUGGAUUCCUUUACUGAAGACACACUUGGUCUUCGCUACCCACUGUCAUCUUUCAUAUAUACAGCUUGUAAGCAAUAUUUUGAAAAGUACCCAGGGGAUCAUGAUCUUCUAUGGGAAGUUGAAGGAGCAGGACACUGGUUCCAGAGAACACCUAUUACCAGUGUAUUGCAGAGAGAAACACUCAAAACUACAGGAGCCUCUCAAAAAGAAAACAACAGUUCCCAGACUGAGGAGUGUUUUCUGCCAUCUGCCAUGGAAUCUGAAACGGGGAGCGAACAAAGUACAGAGAUUGAAACGCAGCUAAGGGUUGAUUCUCAAAAAGGCAAAGACAUCUUAGAUGCCCAGGCAAGCACUUCUGAAGAGCUUGAUGUUACGCCAGUUUCCACUCGAACACGAAGCAGUCAUUUAAAACGUCCAAGGAUAGGAAAGAGGAGCCAGGAAUCUGAAACUGAAACUCCUUCAGGAGAGGAUGAAAACCUUCUUUGGCUAUCAGGAAGCAGGUUGGAACCUGUAGCACAUACAUCUGAAAGCUCAGAAGAGUUAGUAGAAGAAACUGAAGAAAAUGUAGUUGAAAAUGAAGAGGAAACAGUAGUUGAAAAUGAGGACCAGUUAGUAUUGGAAACACAAGAGUUCUGUACAUCACCACCUGAGAAACAAGAUGAGAAAGAGGAAACUGAAUCAGAGCCACUCAAUGGUGAGCUAACAGAAGCGACUAUCAAAACAUCACUCAUGACUGAAGAGGAAACAGCUAGUGAAAUACUAGAUGGUGAAUCAAAAUUACAGUCUGACAAUCCAGAAGAAGAAUCUUUAACUCUGUUUGUUCCGUUAAUCCUUGACUCUUCAGCGAAAUCUUCUGAAGACACUGCAUCAGAUAAGGUUAUGAACACUACUGAUUCAGAAAUACCGAUGGAGGAAAGUGUAUCUAUGGAAAAAGAGGGCAUUGAAGAGGAGCAGCAAGCAGCCCAAAGGAAGAAAUCAUCUGAUGAAAGUGCAGAUACUGUAGCUUCAGUGCCAAAAGAAGAACCAUCCGAUAAUGGCCUUUCAAACUCUGUGGUAACUGAAGCACUAGAAGAAUCAGUUUCUGAAAAUGUGUCACCCAACGCAUCAUCUUCCUUGGAAGAGCAAAGUGAGGAAGCAGGGCAUGACUCACAAGAAACCCCUGUUGUCCUUGGUCAGAGUUCUUUGAUAGUGGUUGAACUUGAGGAUGUGUCAUUCCAGCAACAUUCAGACGGACAAAAGAACCAAUCAGAAGAGCAGUCUGAGGAGUCUUCUGAACAGAUGGAUCAAUACACGCAGACAGCAGCAGAGAGAGCUGCUGACAGCAGCUCAGAAGAAACAGAAAUUGAGGUACCAAUAGUAGAUCGGAGGAAUUUACGAAGAAAGGCCAAAGGAUACAAAGGACCACCCAAGAAGAAAGGAAAGCCAGCUUAACAAUGAAGUCGCUUGUUAAUCCAGCUAUUUGUAAGUUAUUAUUUCGUUUAAAAUAGGGUAUUCUUAAAUCGCAUGGGACACAGGAUACACAUGUAUUCAGAAGUUUGGGUUGGACUUCCCUUUGGGAUUCACCACCUUUCCUCAAUUUUUCUUGAAUUUUUAACCACUAUACAAUGAGCUUCAUCAGGGUAUGGAAGUAAAUGGCCAGUCUCCCCCUUUAUAAAGGAUAAAUGCUGAAUAAAUGGAACAGUUGUGCUAGCAAAGCAACAAAAUUUACAUUUAAGAUUAGAAUUGUUAGAAGAAAAUACCAUCUGUGAAAUCCUAAACCCAUUGACUUCAAUGAGGCCAGGAUUUCACACCAGAUGUUUAUAAAAUUGUGUUUUCCGCUUAAGGAAAAAAAACAGGACUGAGGGGGGAAAACCCACAUAGACUACCAGAGAAUAGAGUAAAAGACUAUAUGGCAUAAAUAUUGAUCUCAAGAUGAAGGGAGUAUACACAAGAACUUACUCUUACAACUUAAUGGUCCAAAAUAACAUGAACAGUGCUAUCUAUUUUUUCUCUAGUAUUGUUUUAGGUGAACCACCCCUACUUCCAAAUCCCAUUUACUAUUCAUUUGAAAGAGAAACAGCUGAGUCCAUGAUCUGAAGCACUGUCAAAACAAUGUCUAGCAUUUUUGUACAAUACAAUAAUGAAGCUUUUUAGUGGAGCAUUAAUGAUGCUUAUAUGGUAAGUUAUACAUUUAUCGUUUAAAAAUUCAAUGUUAAGCAUACAUUUUACAGCAUCUACUUUUACUUGUGUUGAGCUGCCCAUACGUUUACAAAACUGUUUGGACUGCCACCCCAUGUGCACGUGCUGAUUCGGUUCUUUGUGUCACAGUACAGAAAAUAACUUAAAAUCAGCCCAUUUCCAGCUAAAGGGUUAAUAGGGAAUGCUACCUGGUAUCUUCCAAAUACUUAGCUGGUACACUCAGCAGCCGUUAGAUGUGAUGUCUAUCAGGUGCAAGACUCCUGUGAGCCUAGAAAUUCCAGGUAUACCAUGACAUUUCAUUAGUGUAAAGUAAACAUUAAUCGGAGUUGCAGCAAACAUCCGUGUAUGCCAAAUUCUUGUCUUUGUGCAACUACCAGGAGAUUGUUGCAGUUAGAUGAAAAAGUGAAGUAGCCCUGACUCUGCUGUAAUUCCUGGGAUAACAGCUUUCCAGUUUGGUUACUUGGAUAGUAACACCCAAGCAUGCAGCAUUAAGACAGACAGACAGAGUAGGCAGGAAAAAACCCAGACCAUUCAUCCGUGUUUCUGAAUAGUCCCUUUUACGCUAUCUUCAGUGAUAUCGCUAACACAUUUGACUCAAAUUGCAAUGUCAGACAUCAGUUAUAUAUUCUUAAAUCGCCGUUUAUUUCUGUCCAAUAAUGAAGCUCCUGCAAUAAUGGGUAAAAAUUCAGGAAUAAGUAAGAACAGUGGUGCAUGCACAGAAAGGAAGAAAUGUGACUAUUUGUACUCUUACACAUUUUAUAAGAUAGAUGAGCAAAAGUUGGCACCUACAUGUCUCAAAAUUGAAGGUACCUACUUAUUUCUCUUUAGGGUUUAUAAAUAAAAGGUUCACUUGAAUAACAUCAAUGAUCUUUUAAUUUUUAUCCUCUAUGAAACAAAUAUAAGAAUCUGCUUUGAUUUUAUGGAUGUACAGUUUAACUUUUUAGAUAUUUUCUUAUCUUAUUUAGCUGGUGAAACACCCUAGUUCUUUUAAACUGUUUUCACUCACUUUAAAAUGAGGGUGCAGGUUUUUUUAGAGGCUUGUAUUGCAUAUGCUCUGGAACUGGGGUGCAUAGAAUCAUUGAGCUAUAUUUGGAUUUCUUAAAAUGUUGCAACUUUUCCUGUCAAUGUACAUUUGUUGUAUAUGAACAUUGUGGAUGAGAGGUAUAAGCAGAACUUUUCUUGAUUGUUUAUAAAUAUUCAAGUGAACCUUCAGCCUUUCUAAAACCAAUUAAACAUUUUCUAUAAAGCACACAAGAAGAACCUUCUGUUAUGUAUGCUGUGGCUUCUCUUUUAGCGCUAAGAUUAUUGUAAAAACAGACAGCUGGAAAACACUACAUUUUAUUGUUGCAAGAAUUGAACUUGUUAGGGGGCAGGGAGUUGACCUAAAAAGAUGUUUUUUGUGUACAGUAAAUUUUAAAAAGUGGAUGAUAUGAAUGUUAGGCUGUUAGUUGAAAAGAGUUAAGCUUUGGGAAAGAGUAAUACUCGUGUACUUCAGUAGAUACUUAUAAAAAUAUCUUUUAAUUAAAACUCACUUUCAUUUUCAAUUGUUAAACAGCAGCAUUUUUCAGACCAUGCACCCUGGCUUGCUGCAUUUAAGGUCUGUUCACUUGUGUGGUUCUCCCUCCUCCCCCCAUAUGGAUAACCCAGAACUAACUAAUGCGAACAUAUCCUUUUUCAGAUAUUUCCUGUUCAUUGAACAUUUAAAUUUGCAGUUGCACAGUUAGCACCAAUUAUUAUUUCAACAGUAAAACUCCACUUGACUUCAGUGGCAGCAAGAGCAGUCUUAGGGGUUGAAUCUGAUUUCACUUAAACUGGUAUAAACUGAGUUACUCAUUGAUGUCCAAAGGAGUUACACUUGUGUAAAACUAGCAAAACUGAGAUUAGAAUCAGGACCCUGAUUAUUAGGAAGAACUGAAUAUGGAGAACAAGUCCAUAAUUAGGAAUUGUUACAGCAACUCUGCUGCUAACAGGGAUAUCCUACUACUAGAGAAGGAUUACACCAGUCAUUUGUGCUAAAUGUCAUAUUUGGUAUCCGCUAUCUUAACAAUUAAUAAUGAGCUGGUGAAAUCAAGCUAUUCGCACAAAAGAAUUAAUGUUCAUUACAGUGCUGAACGUCCAAGUGCAACAUAGCAUAAUCUCAAAUACCUUCUGCUAUACUAUUGCAAAGAGAACACCUCCAUUUACAACUAAGCAUGUCAAUGAAGAGUUUAACUUUGGGAAAUAAAAUUACCUUUUUUAGCCUUAACAGAAGUAAAACAGGGUCUUUCUUGUUUCAGAUUACCAUUGAACUGUUAGAACUUUUUAAGAUCUUACCACACCAGCAAUCCAAAAUCAGAACAGUGUUUGAUUUUUAUACAGUUUGUACCAAAUAUUACUAAAAUAUGAUGUGGAACAAUAUAUGGACAACUAAAGGAAGCAGUAUUAUUCUUGAGCCUUAUUUAGUCUAGGAACAGAACUUAAAGAACACUAACUUUAUCACCCUUAGAUGAUAAAUGGUUUUGUAUUUGAACCUGACAUUCGUUCAUGUCUUAUUUGUAUUGCUCACUAAUUUUCAUGAAGAUUUGCUCUGCUUCCCACAAAUUCAUAUUUUUCUUUGUAAAGGCUAUGUUCAUUUCAUGCAGAAAUAUUGUUUACUGUUCUCAUCCUGUUUCCCAGAACCCAUCACAUUAAACUUGCAUUCAUAUCUUUUUUCAGAACUGGAAUUUUACUUUUAGCUUGAUAAAUGCUAUGUCGCUUAUUCUUUGCUGUUUCCCCACCUCCACUAUCACAAUAUUCCCUGGAGUUCAGUAAUUAGAUCUCAUUUACAAUGACAUCAACACCACUACCUAAGUUAUACAUACGCAAGCAAUAAAUAGUCCAAGUGUCAGCUUAUGUGCUCCAUUCCGAUAAAUGAUACACCAUUCUCAAACUUUAUUUCCAAGGAGAUACAUUUUAAAUUUAUUUUCAUAAAUGUGGUGUUAGGUGUUUUCUAAACAUGUGGUACUAUGUUUAUUAAUCUCUUAUGGAAGAUGUACUGCUAUUCUGGAUUACUGUGUUAAGUCUUGUUAUAGUAUUUUUAGUUUUUCCUUUGGUAUUGUCUUGAUGGCUUUUUGAGAUGUUUCAAAGUAGUAAUUAAACUUAUAUUUUGUGACUUUUC